AUGGCUGGAAGUUUUGUAAGAAGGCGUCUGCAACGUUGUCGGCGAAAAGCUAUACGUGUGCCAAGGAGGAUCUUGGAUCGAUCAAAUCCACUGGAAGGAUUUCCAAGUGUUGUGGGGUGUGUUGACGGGACAAUGGUCAAGAUAAUAGCACCACAAGUGAACGAGGCUGAUUACAUAUGUCGCAAAGGUUAUUAUGCCAUCAAUGUGCAGAUGAUGUGUGAUGCUCGAUUUAAAAUCAGGGACGUGGUUGCUAAGUGGCCUGGUAGCGUCCAUGAUUCCAGAAUUUUCCGGGAAUCACACCUCUGCAGAGUUAUGGAGGAAGGACAGCUGCAAGGAGUGCUGUUGGGGGACUCAGGAUAUGGGUUAAAACCAUAUUUAUUAACGCCAUACUUAGCUACAGAGACAUCAGCCACACAAAAGUUUAAUGCCGCUCAUAGCAGAACCAGAGUGACAAUAGAACAGGCCUUUGGAGUCUUAAAGAAAAGAUUCAACGCCCUGCAUUCAGGCCUGAGAACCGGCCCAGAGAGGGCUUGCCGGGUGAUCACUGCAUGUGCCGUCCUCCAUAACAUCGGCCUGGAUAGGGGAGACAUAUUAAGAGAUGUCCCCGAGAUCACUGCAAUAAAUGAAGUCUGUGAAGUGCCCCUUCCAGAGGAUGUCCAGGGUCGCACAGUGAGGGAUCACAUUAAAGACACAUAUUUCAGUACCAGUAUCGUAGGGUCAGGAUAUAAUUUGAGUCCACAAACCAAGACUAGUGCUUCAAACAAGACCAUGAAAAUCCAGGUCGUGUCACAGAAGUUGCUGGCACGAAAAAGAUCCUUCACUGCUCAGUGGUCCUAUGUCCAGUAUAAAUCUAAAUUUGCAGUUAUCCACUGA